GGACGUUUGUCGGUCGUGGUGAAGGGAGAUGGUCCAACCUUACGCUGGUCAUAGCUCAAGCUUAAGCGGAGUUUUUAGAGUUGAAGUUUUCGUACUUAUCACAAGAGCGCGUAACCAGCAUGGGUUGAAGCAUGGUCUCUAUGAUAAGUAUAGACAAUAUUGUACUCGAAGACUUCGCCGCUUACGCGUAGCUUUGAAACUUAGAUGUGGAAAAAAGAAGUUUAUUUUUAAAAAUCUUUCAGUUGAAAAUAGUGACUCUAGAUAUUUGGAAGUUCUUCUCCUCGAAGUGGAGAGAUGCUGGUCCUAUGGCAUGCAACUAAAGCAAAAUGUUGAAAGAUAUCCAAGAAAAAAAUUCCAUAUGAUAAGAAAAUUUCGCAAAUGUUACAAGUAUUGCCAACUUCUUCUUGACUGCUCUUCUAUGGGUUGGUGCGACGCUCUCACUGCUCAAGAAAUAAAAGCGUAUACAGCUACACUUUGUGGCUCCUCUCUUUUUGAGCAAGCUGACUACUCAGAGGCUCUUACACUUUUCUCAUCUGCAAAAGCGGAGUACGACCAGCUCGUCUUGGCCAAUCCUUCUCAGAAGGAACUUUACGCUUCCAGUAUUCUUGCUUUUUGGCCGAAGUUUCGCUACGCCGCCAUGGUUACUGGUUCUUCGCUUCCAGAACUCCCUUCAGUAGAACUGAAUUCCUUUUAUUUAAAAAUCGAAAGUAUUGCAGAAGGGACUUCAGAUAUCAACCUCAACGCGCUGAAGGAGAUCGACUGGCAGAAAAUUGAUUUUGAAAAUCACACUGACAAUCUCCCUUUCUUUACUGAACGGCUUAAAACACUUAAAGAGUUGCAUCUCCUGGAAAUGUCGGACAUCGAACUGAAGGAGGAGCUCGCCGUCCACACGUGCUUAGCAUCAAGCUACCGUCAAUUUUUUAUUGGAUCUAAGCUGGAACAUGAGAAAAACUUUGCACUAGCCAAUGGCUUGUACCAAAAAGCCAUUGAAUCGGCCGAGAACGGUUUACUAUUGGCUCGUAGCUUUAACCAGCACAACCCUACUUAUUCCGCUGCUUUAUACGAGCUUUUAAAGAACUCCAAGAAAAGAAAAUGUACAGUAAAGGCUCGAUCAUACUUAUCUAGGAAAGAACUUUAUAAAAAAAGCCCCCUCGCAGAAAAUCUUGACGAGUUUCAUGAUAUUUGUUUACAAGCCAGCCGGGCCCCUUUUGUAGAUAUCGUGGGGCCUAUGCAGGUUUUACCGCUGAAGCCGUACUUUUACGAUCUCGCUGGUCUGCAGAUUUCUCUUGAAGACGACUUAAGUUCUCUUGAAAACCAAAACAAGGAAAGUUUCGUGUCGAGAUUUUUAAAUUGGAGACUAAUAAAUUCUUGA